AUGAAAGACUUCCUUCAGCAAUGCAGAAACUUCUUCGCUGGAACAUUUGAGGAAGAUCGGAAGAGAUGGCUAGGUACCUGCACCCAAGUACUCCCUUUACUGAUGAUGAAUACAAACUGGGAUGAACAGUCCCUGCAAUCCUACUUUCUGACCCAGAUCCCCGAGGAGAAGGAGUACGAGGCUCUAUUGAUCCGUUGUAUGCCCUCGCUCUGGGCUCUAGUUCGCUACUUUGCCCAGUGGCCAUUCAAUACAAGCUCCAGCCCAAUGACCAACCUAACAUUUCCUGGCCUCCUCCGCGCCAUUUGUGCGGAAGACACUAUGUGA